CGGGCGCUGACUGGAGGGAAAAAAAGAUUUUUUUUUAAUUUUCACUCCGGUUCGCCGGAUUGUUCAGAAAGCAGGGAUGUUGGAACUGGAAAGGGCGUGGUGUUUGCGGAUAGAAAUGUCUGACUAUGCUUCUGCCCGCGAUGGAACUCAAGCCCAGUGAUUUAUUUCUUUUCCGGGCUAUAGUUUAUACUUUGCAGGUGGCAGCCGGAGCUGAGUUUUGAAGAACUAUAUCAGUGUUAUUUUUUUCUGCGCUAUCAAAUCCAGGAGGUUUGGAAGGAGGUUGAGGUGAUUUUGGUUGCUUGAUCAGAGCCACUCGGGUGCGAGAGACAGUUUCAGCACCUUGGACAGCGAUGGCGUGGCCGUGUAUCAGCCGGGCGUGUUGUAUCGCUCGCUUCUGGAACCAAUUAGACAAGGCCGAUAUUGCUGUGCCCUUGGUGUUCACGAAAUACUCCGAGGUUACCGACGGAUCAACCCCCCAUCCGAGCCAAUUCCGAGCCCCGGGGAUUGAAGCCCAGCCCGUGGGAGGCGAUCAGGAGUCCGUCGCAAAGACCACUGAGGCAUCUGAAGCGGUGACCGAUGCAGUGUCCGCACCAGGAAACAUCCGACCGGCCUCGAGGCGGGAGUCGGUCAUGAGGCAGGACUACCGUCCCUGGAAGGUCCGCCCCGAGCCCAGCUGUAAGCCCAAGCAGGAGUACACGCCGACCGACACCCCCUUCGAGAAGGAGACGCAGUACAAGAAGGAUUUCAAGGCAUGGCCCAUCCCCAAGAGGAGCGACCAGCACCCCUGGAUCCCCAAGGGGGAGAGAGGGAGCCAGACCCCAGUGCCCAGUGGGGAGGAGCCAGCUGGUUCAGCAGCGCCAACGUCAGCCGGGACGGCGGCCGUGCAGGACCCAGCAAAGGGCAAAGCCGCGGAUGCUCUAAACAGGCAGAUCAAAGAGGACAGAGGGACGGCCACUUCGUACAGGAACGAGUUCAGGGCCUGGACAGUGGACGUCAAACCCACGAAGGCCAUCAAACCCAAGCAAACGUACCACCCUCCAGACGCGAAGGUCGCCCACGAGACCAGUUACAACACCACCUUCAGGGGCCAGUUCAGUAAACGGCCAGAUAUGAUCAAGCCAGGGACAGCGGACACAAAGGGUCCGGAACGCAGGAGGAUACGCAGCCUCUACAGCGAGUUCUACAGAGAGCCAGCCAAGCCGGAGAAGCCUAGCGCCCAGACAUCGAAACCAAAAAAGCCGUCCAGCCAUAAAACCCCCCGAAAAGCCAAAGAGAAACACGGCACGUCUAGUCGGGCAGUGAAGAAAAAGGCGGCCGAGAGCACACCAGCCACCAAACCGGAAGAAGGCGAGAAAAACCAGGAGAUCAACAACAAGUUAGCCGAGGCGAAAGAGUGAUGUCGCCAACACGUCUGUGACUGGGGCAACUGGAGAAUGAUCAGACCUUUUCCCGCCAGACGAAGGCAGCCCUCUGUCACACACAGAUCAAUAGUUCAGCCAGAGUAUUUAUUGAUGACUAUGCAUCAGCCAAGGAUUUGGGAGUUGGCCUGGUGUAUGACACUCUGAAAGCAGAGUUUACUUAAAGAAUAAGGGAAACUACAGCAACUUCUCCCAAUAACAGCUGGAUAAUUUCUCCAGAAGGAAGCAAUCUAUGGAAGAUAGUUAGAUAUAAGUUAUAUCCAUAAAGUCAAUCUUGUACACUUAGAGCAGGGUGGAUGCCAAACUUGAUUGACAAGGGAAUUACCCAAUCAUUUCCACCCUGGCCGACCGUAAGAUUGUCAAUAAAUAUAGCCUAGAUAAACACAGGCCAGAAGAGCCUGAUUCAAAACUAUAAUUCUCUUUAUGUAUAAGAUAAGAUUGGAAGACAUGGGAACAGAAUUAGGCCUUUUGGCCCAUCAAGACUCUUCAGCCAUUCAAUCAUAGCUGAUUUAUUAUCCCUUUAAGACCCAUUCUCCUGCCUUCUCUCGGUAAACUUUGAUGCCCUGACUAAUAACGAACCUAUCAAUCUCUGCUUUAAAUAUACUCAAUGACUUUGCCUCCAUUGCUAUCUGUGGCAAUGAAUUCCACAGACUCCCCACCCUCUAGCUAAAGAAAUUCCUCCUCAUCUCUGAUCUAAAUGAUUGCCCCUCUAUUCUGAGGCUGUACUCUGUAGUCCGAGAAUCCGCCCCCUAGGGAAACUUCCUCUGCGCAUUCACUUUAUCUAGGUUUUUCAACAGUCGAUAAGUUUCAAUGAGAUCUCCCCCCCCCCCCAUUCUUCUUAACUGCAGCAAGCAGAGGCCCAGAGCUAUCAAAUGCUCCUCAUACAUUAACCCUUUCAUUCCCAGGGUCAUUCUCAUACAUCUCCUCUGGAUUCUGUCCAACACCAGCACAUCUUUUCUUAGAUAGGGGUCCAAAGCUGCUUACAAUACUCGGUCUGGCCAAUGCCUUAUAAAGCCUCAGCAUUACAUCCUUGCUUUUAUAUUCUAGUCCUCUCAAAAUAAAUACUAACAUUGCAUCUGCCUUCCUCGCCACCAACUCAACCUGCGAGUUAGCCUUUAGGACGGUGGUCUCUCAGCUCUCCCCUGCUCAACUGCCCUCCUUCCCUCAACCCGCCCAUCCCUUCCAGCCCAGUAGUAUGUCUGAAUCCUGCAUUAGUGAAUUAACAGACUGCCCACACACUGAACAGUGCCAUGGGGGGAAUUGGCACUGAUCAACACCGAGGACAAGAACAGUCAAUAACGACGAAUACACAGUGGACAGGAGAGUCCUAUAACAUGUCAGUGAGGCCUAAUUUGGAGUAUGGAGUGCAGUUCUGGUCACCUACCUUCAGGGAAGAUAUCAACAGAUUGAAAGAGAGCAGAGAAAAUUUACAAGGAUGUUGCCAGGACUUCAGGACCUGAGUUAUAGGGUUAAUAGGUUAAAUAGGUUUGGACUUUAUUCCUAAAGUGUAGGACAAUGAGGGGAGAUUUGAUAGCUCUAUACAAAAUUAUGAGGGGUAUAGAUGGGGUAAACGCAAGCAAUCUUUUUCCACCGAGGUUGGGUGAGACUAGAACUAGAGGUCAUGAGUUUAGGGUGAAAGGUGAGAUGUUUAAGGGGAACUCGAGAGUGAACUUCUUCUCUCAGGGUGUGGCGUGAGUGUGGAACGAACGGAGAGCACAAGUGGUGGUUGCAAAUUCGACUGCAACAUUUGAGAGGUCUGGCUAAGUAAGUGGAUGGGAGAUAUACGGAAGGCUAUGGACUGGGUGCAGUCGAUGGGACUAAGCAGAGUAACAGCCUGGCACAGACUAGAUGGGCCAAAGGGCCUGCUUCUCUCCUGUAGUGCACUGUGACUCCCUGGGAGGAUAGCACCAGGUUUCCGCAGAGCAAUCUUAGCUGUUAGUCCUUCUCACAAUUCACACAUAAACCACUUGAAUUCCUGUUUCCAUCACUUACAGAAUCUGUAACUCAGCCCAAAAACUACAUAUUUCUAUACACUCAGUGGACACUUAAUUAUCUACCUCCUGUACCUAAUAAAGUGGCCAUUUGGGUGUAUGUUUGUGGUCUUCUGUUGCUGUAGCCCGUCCACUUCAAUGUUCGAUGUGCUGUGCAUUCAGAGAUGCUCUUCUGCACACCACUGUUGUAACACGUGGUUUUUUGAGUCUGGUCAUUCUCCUCUGGCCUCCCUCAUUAACAAAGAGUUUUCUCCCACAGAACUGCUGCUCACUGGAUGUCUUUUUUUUCCCACGCCAUUCUCUUUAAUCACUAGAGACCAGUGUGUGUGAGAAUCCCAGGAGAUCAGCAGUUUCUGAGAUACUCAAACCACCCUGUCUGGCACCAAUAAUCACUCCACAGUCAAAGUCUCUUAGAUCACAUUUCUUCCCCAUUCUGAUGCUUUGUCUGAACAACUGAGCCUCCUGACCAUGUCUACAUGCUUUUAUGCAUUGAGUUUCUGCCACGUGAUUGGCUGAUUAAAUAUUUGCAUUAAUGAGCAGGUGUACCUCAUAUAAUGGCCACUCCAUGUAGGAUCUCUAACUCACUUCCGCACAACUCCCACAAACUCUUCAUUCUUAAAAAAAUAUAUUAGUUUUCUGGUUAAGUCCAUGCCAUACCACUUUUUCCCAGCUUCCCACACCCAACGAUUUGCCAGGUGAAAGCAGAAUUAGGCCAUUCGGCCCAUUGAGUCUGCUCCGCCAUUCCAUUAUGACUGAUUUACUAUCCCUCUCAACCCCAUUCUCCUGCCUUCUCCCCAUAACAUUCGACACCCUGACUAAUCAACCUCUGCCUUAAAUAUAUCCAGUGACUUGGCCUCCAUAGCUGUCCGUGGCAAUGAAUUGCACAGAUUCACCACUCUCUGGCUAAAGAAAUUCCUCCUCAUCUCUGUUGUAAAGGGAUGAACCUCUAUUCUGUGGCUGUACCCCCUGGACUUUGACUUCACCCACUGUAGGAAACAUCCUCUCCACGUCCUCUCUAUCUUAGCCUUUCAAUUUCAAUGGGUUUCUGUGAGAUUCCUCCAGCUCCUCAUAUGGUAACCCUUUUUCAUCCCUGGGAUCAUUUUCAUGAACCUCCUCUGGACCUCUCCGAUGCUGAUACUGUACAUCCUUUCUUAGAUAAGAGGCCCAAAACAGUGCUCACAAUAUUCCAAAUGCAGCCUGUCCAAUGCCUUAUAAAACCUCAGCAUUACAUCUUUGCAAAAGAAAUAUAUCCUCCUGUCCAUUUUUGCUCUUCUGCCAAUCACUUUGAUUAUUAUCAACCUGCAGAACUUGGUCCUGAACCAAAAGACUGGACGAAAGGGCGGGGCGGGGGGGUCGGCUGUCGGCUGGGAGGGUGGGGAGUGUGUCAGGAGCUGGUUGUACCAUCACCCUUGUUGGGGCCCAAGACUGCCUGAGCUGGUGAGGACCUGCUGAGGCCGAGAGCAGGUAGGAAGCUUGGUUAGUGUUUGGACUGGGCUAGAGACCUCAUUGACUGCCUGAACAUUGGCCAGAGUGAGGAAGGGGGUCGAGUGCCAGCGUGGCGGGGGUGUGUCUACCACCACCCACUCCUGCGUCAAUUGUGGUAGACGUUCGCACAUGAGGACGUGUCCGGGGGAUGUGCACGCUGCCACGCCAAGGUGGCCUAAUGUCUUAUUCGCAUACGCAGACACGAGUGAGCACAGCACGCACAGACUGAUGUGAAUGUAGGAUGUAAACACGAAAGCACAUAUACACUAAUGUCCCUCUGAUGGACAUGAGCAUGCAUGAUCUCUUCGUAUCUCUCUGUCUCUCUCUCCCCCCCCACUCACUGUCCCUCUGUCUACUGCCUGUCUCUCUGUCUAUAAACCUCUCUCGCUCACUGUCCCUCUGUCUCUGUCCAUAUCUCUAUUUACCUCUCUGUCACUAUCUCUCUCUCCCUCACUAAUUGUCCCUAUCUGCUGUCUGUCCCAAUCUCUCUAUGCACCUCUCAUUUUGUCUCUGUCAUUCUCUCUGCUCCCUCUGUCUGUCUCUCUCUCCUUCUCUCUCUCUGCCUGACCUUCCUGUUCACUGUCUGCUGUUAUGUCUUUCUGUCUGUCUGUCUCUCUCAUGUCUCAUUUUCUCUUUCACUCACUCACACACACGUACCGCUCUCUGUACUUUGAUCAUGGAAUGCUCCCCGAACGUUUCAAGAAUUGAUGGGAAGACUCUCCUCACUGCCUCCCCCCCUCCACCCCGUUCCAGCCCCGGUAACUGACCCCCCGGUGACAGGGUUGGGUAUGUCGCACUUGGUCGCGUUUCAGUCAUGUUGUGGUGGUGGGAAUGAUCAGUUGAUGUCAGUGUGUAGCUCCCGGUUGUGAUGUGAUUUGUGAACGUUGCUUGCAGUUAUUUACCAAUAAAUGCUGAUUGCU